AUGCCAGAGCAGAAGCAAGAAUUCAAGCAAAAUCCAGAGAAGUAUUUGGCAUACCAAAAGGAUGUCGAGAAGGAGGUGUGCAGCCGAUUUAAAAUACUCCACAAAGGCACCCCCGAGCAAGAAGCGGCCAGAGGAUUCUCGACAAACGACAUGAAGACCAAACUUCGAUCCAAUAGCCCUCUCGCAGAGUUCAUCAUACCGAAGUUCGCAGUUGGCUGUCGACGCCCAACGCCUGGGAAUGGAUACUUGGAGCCUCUCACCAAGGGCAACGUCCGAGCUGUGACCUAUGGAAUCGCUGAAGUUGUGCCAGAAGGUAUUGUCACUGCCGUCGGAGAGCUCAUCAAAAUAGACGUCUUCAUAUGUGUCACUGGGUUCGAUCUCUCAUUUUGCCCUCAAUUCGCACUCAUUGACCAGAACGGUGCGAACCUCCGUGGAUAG